AGUAAGCAAGCGCAGUCGAGAAAACUUGGGACACCAAAAGCCACAGCACGCUGCAACUUUAGCCACACGGUCCCCACGCGAAGGACACGAGAGCAGAUUGCCAGCCUGUCUAUAUUUCUUCCACUGUCUGUGAGGGUGCGCCAUUGCAACCCACAUCUGUCAAUAGCCCUGUCUCACCACCGACCAACAUGGAGACUACCACCAUCACCACCACCACGCAAAUGGGGCAGAAUGCAUGCCCAUUUGGACUGACCGAGAGGCGCACCACCAUCACCCUUCACGCCCCAGCCCUGGAGUGCACUCUCCCCAACGACAACACAGCAGCCAGCUACCAAAGUAAGACCACGGUGCUGAAAAGACAGCGCUCGAGCUCUCCGGAGCUCCUGCGCUGCAAGCGACGGCUCAGUUUUAACGGACUCGGUUACUCCAUCCCACAGCAGCUGCCAGUAGCCGUGGCCCGGCGGAACGAGCGUGAGAGGAACCGUGUCAAGCAGGUCAACAUGGGCUUCCAGACGUUGCGCCAGCACGUGCCUAAUGGGGCCGCCAACAAAAAAAUGAGCAAAGUGGAGACUCUGCGGUCAGCUGUGGAGUAUAUCCGGGCUUUGCAGCAGCUACUAGAUGAGCAUGAUGCCGUGUCGGCUGCUUUUCAGUGCGGGGUGCCAUCACCUACCAUCUCCAACAGUUACUCAGCCGAGCCGGAGUCACCCCACUCCACUUAUUCCUCGGAUGAGGGGAGCUAUGAGCCUCUAAGCUCUGAGGAGCAGGAGCUCCUGGACUUUACCACCUGGUUUGACAGAUACUGAGACACAGGUAGUCUAAUUGUCGUUACCGCCACAUAACCUGUGGAAGAGGCCUCCAUAAGAAGGGACUCAUAGUUGAAAAGAAUGACAAGUUAUUCGAUUCACUGUGCAGAGCGAGGCACCCGUGAGCACUCUCUUGACAUCGGCGCUCUCUGGCCUCACCAAGCAGCAUUUGCAGGUGCAAAGCAAUGAUUGUGAAAGAGGAAAGUUAAGCAGAAUUAGUGUUGCUAUGCUACAAGAGAGAAUGGAGUACAGCGAACGGCCCAUGGGUUCCCCUCCGAACAACAAAACGGAAAGACUGUGUGCGCACACGCUCGGAAAAUGCGUGGAACGAGGAAAGACUGCAGGGUGUCACGUGGAAUAACGUCUUUAUUGAUGCGUUCAAAUAAGUGCAAUUAUUAAACCAGCAGCCGUGGAGACUGGACAGAAGCCCAUUAGAAGUGCACGAUUGUUGCUCCCAAGGACUUUACUGUUGAUGCAGUUUUAGAUAAGAGGGUGACUUUCAGAUGAGAGCAAGACUGUCUGAAAAUGAAAUGAGAGGUUGUUGAAUAUAAUUACAUAUUUUUCUAAAUUGAGAUGAACAAAAGAAAUUCUGCAACAAUGAACACUGCCACUUUGCUGACCUUUAGAGCACAUAACACGUGAUAGUCAUGACUUGACUGCUGGACAUUUGAAUUGGAAUGUACGUCUGUGUCAAUCGAUUUGUCAGCAAUAGACUAUUACUGCGUCAAGUCAAAUAUUUAAGGGUUUUACGUGGUAUGGAGACCUUUAACAAUAUAUGCACUUGCUCUCCGUUUUUCGUAGUCCCAUAAAAUGUACAUAUACGAUUUUAACAGAUAUAUUUUGUG